AUGGCCCCACCGGGAGAUUCGCAAACAUUUUUUAAGACCGAGGGUGGAAGAGGACAAACUAGUCCGAAAGAACUUCAAGAAAUGGUUUCAAAAGCGACUCAAACUGUCAAGAAAGGAGUGAAUGGGAUUUUACUUGGCCCUCCUGGAGCUGGUAAAGGAACACAGGUGUGAAGAUUCCGUAUUCGGUUUUUCGACAUUUUCCGUGGACCUUAAGAGAUGCGUCUACUCUGCCUUUACUCAUUGGCUUGUUUAUAUUUUGCUUGUUUUGUUUCUCGUAGUUUUUUUUUUUUUGCAACAUUACCGUACGAUCUUUCGUAAGGCUUCGAUGAUUCGUCUUACUGAUCAUAAAUAAUAUUGCAUUAACGCGUUGUUGGUUUCUAACCUCAGGCACCUAAACUGGCUGAGAAAUAUUGUGUUUGCCACUUAGCAACAGGUAUGAUUUUCGUUUAACAAAUAGGUCUCAACGUUAAUUGUUGAAUCACGAUCAAUUGGCAAAUUCACUCUGAUUCAUUUCCUCUUACGAUAACAAUAAACCGGAAUUUAACCCUGCCACCACAGGAUCUGAAUAUCAAUUGUUCUCGUUAUGUACUAUACUUUUCAAAUGAUUUUAGCCCUGAAAACUUGUGAUGGGGACUUGACUUUUGAAAGGGAAAGGUACAUUAUACCCUUUCACUCCCAAAGUCUCAUUAGUAAUCUUCCUUACUGUCUGCAAUAUAAUUCUUAUAAUGUUAGUUAGAAAAAUUUGGAUUCGAAUCAACUAAUAAUCCCCUUAGUUAUAAUUUCUUUAUUCUCAUGAGGUGUCUGCUUGAUAUUGUGUAAAUAUUUGAAGGAGAAGUUCUGUCUUUAUCACUCAUCGCAGUCCAUGUGCUAAAAUUUUUACUGAAACAAGUGAACACACAGCUAUCAGCCUAGCAAAACAGUGUUCUGCUUCCAAUUUUUAGGUGAUAUGCUGAGAGCUGUUGUGGCAUCUGGUUCCACUUUGGGUAAAAAAGUCAAACAGGUUAUGGACUCUGGACAGGUAAGGAAGACCUCAGAUCAUGUUCAAAAUGCCUCUUCUCAAUGUGAAUUAGCCAUUGUAAUAACCCUAUUGAUACUGAGACACUUUUUUUGAGGCAUGUGUGUGUAGUUUUUACAAUGGAAGAGUCUUUAGGGAAGCCAGGAGCACAAAGAAAGUGAAAGUCGUAGAACAGAAAGAAUAGAUUACAAUAUGUAGUUAUGAAGCCCACAAAAUAUUAAGUGAUUGAGGGCAGAGGGGUGAUGAUUAUCUCUGCAUGGUGUUUGCAGAUGCUAAGUUCAAACUUAGUCUUUUAAUUUGUACUGUCUGACUUUCAUCUAUCUUUUAGUAUAAGUUGGAGGAGCAAUUUGAAGAUUGAUAUACAUCAAUUGAUUACUACAGGGUCAUAAGUUGUUUAAGAAACUACCAACAAAUUAAAGGAAAAAGCCGAGGAAGGCUUGAUACUUUUUCUGGAACCCUUCCGUUUUGCCAGGUCUCCAUAACAAUUUGCUGGUACUGGGUCAGAUUGUGUGAGUUGUGUUCUUCCCCCCAAAAUGUAAUAAAGUAGCCCUUGUCCUCACUGAUUUGGAUUGUUCUUCUCUUGUGUCCUCUGUACAGCAGAGUGACCAUCAGGCCCAAAAAAUAAAGUAAUCCUUGUCCUCACUGAUAUUGGUCCUUUUUUCCUGUGUCCUCUGUGCUACUGACUGACCAUAAGGCCACUUCUUCUCUUUUUUGUUACUCAGACCACUUUAUGAUUUUAUUAUGAUCAUGGCUGCAUGGUGGUUUGUGUACAAAGCACUAGCAAUGUGGCACAUGACCCAUCAGUACCUAGUUACAUUCUGCUUAAGUGUUUGAUGAAAUACCUUAUAUGUUUUGUUAUUUAUGAUUCUUUCCACCCCACAUUUUCAGCUUGUUAGUGAUGCUCUUGUGGUUGAACUGAUAGAUGACAACCUUGGUAAACCUGAAUGUGCAAAUGGAUUUCUCCUUGAUGGAUUUCCAAGAACAGUGGUUCAAGCUGAAAAGGUAGCUACAUGUACCUUGUUCCUUUUAAGAUAUCACUUGUAAUUCUCCCCUCUAGUUUGCUGUGCAUUUAUUUUUAAUUUAGUAAGUUGCUUAAGUGGGGAGUAGUAUUCAAAUGUGUAGUGUGCUCAUCCAGGUGAGAGUGGUCCAUCAGAGUGACUUGUGCUUCUGCAAUUUGAGUUUAGUUCAUCCUGAAAAUGAACAUUUGUCAGUGAGUUACUGUAUAUGUACACCUUCAUGUUUGUGAAAACUCAUGAAUCCUUUCAUUCCCAAAAUCUCUUUACUAAUUUUCCUUACUGUUUGCCAUGGUUAUAAAAUACAUUUUGUUGCUUUGUUAUUUUUUAUUGACUGUUGUAAAUUAAUGUUUUCAUGUUAUCUUGUUUUGUUUCCAAUAAAGUUUUGUGUAUUACAUGUAGGAAAAAAUUACAUUUUGCCAUACAUACAGAUAUUAGCUUAUGAUUUUAGUUCUGAGAAUUUAGUAUUGGAUCAAAUGAUAAUCUUCUGCUUGAUAUUUUUUUAAAUUUUCACCACUUGUCUGCUUAAUACUGUAUUGAUACUGUGAAGAGAAGGUAUGUCUUGGCCACAUCAAGGAGUGGAAGGAUUAAGAGAACACAGCAGCAUAUAAUAGCCCGAUGGAAAUUUGGUACUGUGGCCUCUGUGGGAUUUGGAGGGCCCCCUUCUUCAGGCCCUACUCUACUGAUACAGUAUCUACCCUCCCUUGGCAAUGAUGUUUGGUGUUGAUUUUAGUGUGCAUGUACAAGCACAUUUGUUUUUUCAAAAAAGCUUCAUGAUAAAAGUACCUGUGCCAAACUUGAAGUAAUUAUUUCACCUCAUUUUGAAGUUAUUCAUCUAUAAUUUUUUAUCUCAAUAUUUUUGUAUUUUUAUAUACAUGUUCCUUCAUCUGAAAUGAAUGUCUGAUUUAAUUUUGUGUUUCCUCCAGCUCGAUGAACUUCUUGAGCAGAGGAAGACAGGACUGGAUGCAGUAGUAGAAUUUGGAAUUGAUGAUUCUUUGUUGGUCCGACGUAUAACUGGAAGGUAGGGCAGCUCAUUCACUGGAUCAUUUGGUUUCACUGGAAAAUUUGGUAUUUUACAGGUUAAGGCACAUUAUGCAGAUUGUAUUCUAAGACAUUGUGAUUGAUAAUCCAUGACAUUUCAUGAUGUUCAGAUGUUUUCUACCACUUUCAGUUUUCAACUGAAGUUUAAUCAUGGCCUCUUUCAUUGGAAAUGUUAUUUUUAGUCAGUCUCUAUGACUGCUCAUUACCUCUCCUAUGUUGCAUGGCUUCCUUGGCAUCAUAUAGAAGAACACAACUCUUGUACAGUAAUGUGCCACUAACCAGUAAAAUCCCUAUGAAGGUUAUUCCUGACCCAUACUGAUACAAACCCUGAGCAUUCUUUUAACCCUUUCACUCCCAAGAUCUAGUAAGUAACUCUCCUUACCAUCUGCUAUACAUAGCUCACAUAUUUAGUUCUGGGAAUUUAAUAUUGGAUCAAAUGUUAAUCCCCUAAUUGAUAUUUUUUCUGUAUUCUUAUCACUUGCGUAUGUGGUAUUGUAUUGAUAUAGUAAGGAGAAAGUGUAUCUUGGUCACUGCUGGGAGUAAAAGGAGUUUAAAAAUCAUUAUGUCAUUUGUGUCUUGCUCAGUAUUAAUAUAUAUUUGUUUUCUUUUGGUUAUAAUUUCCUGUAAAGCUUAAUUUUUGCUGAGUAUUGUCAUUGGAUUGUGUUUGUGUGUUUUGUUCAUGUUCAUGUACUCAGCUCUCAUGCGUAACAUCUGUAAAAAGAUAAAGGGCAAUGGAUUGUAGCAUUACUUCUUGUGUUUCUUUACCUUUCAGAUUACUUCAUAAACCCAGUGGCAGAACUUACCACAAUGAAUUUAACCCACCCAAGAAACCAAUGACUGAUGAUGUAUGUUAUUAUUCACUAAAAGAAAUUGAAAAAAACAAACAAACAAACAAACAAAAAAAGGGGAAAAGAUAACAUUUUAGCACAUGAUCCAUUUUGCACACUUACAUAAAUUGUAUCCCAGUGGGAGGUUUCUAGUAGGAUAAUAUGCUACGUCUUUACAUGUUUUGCCGUUUGUGGUUUGUGGAUGGAAUACUACAGUGCAUUCUGUUGUGUUUUCUCAUGGCCCACUUUCCAUACGUUAAAUUUCUCUUGUAUAAUUUUUUGGGACCUAUUUGUACUCCUGGAUGAAGAAAGGGACUGUGAGAGUGAAUUGUCUUGCCAACAAAGCUGUAUGGUAGGGUCCUGUAUUGCGCAUAAUGCAUUUCUCAGUAUCAGCUUAUGAGUUUUCAUCCAAAAUGAAUCCGACGUGAUAUUUUCAUUUCUAUUUAAUCAGAUUCAGUGACAUCAGUUGCUCCUUUGUUAGUUUUCUUUAAUAUUUGUUUGUUUGUUGGUUGUUUUUUAAAUUUUUAUUUACUGAUUGAUUUAUUGGUCUGUCUGUGCAAAAUUAUAGGAUUUAUAUUUAAUCCUGUAGACAUUCAGAUCCAUUUAAACCAAACAGGAGUCUUCACAAAAGAAAGCCUUCCAGGUUUCUUGUCCAUACUACUCCAUUAGCUUUGAUUCCGAUCAGCGUCUUUGUUAAAAUUAACACGAGCACAUUGUCGUUUCCAGAUCACUGGUGAACCUCUGGUUCGUCGGUCAGAUGACAACGAGGCCACUCUAACAAAGCGUUUGGAAGCUUAUCACAAGCAGACAUCACCGCUGGUUGAUUAUUACAAGAAGCGCGGACUCCAUUCCAGAAUCGAUGCUGCUGAAACCCCGGAUGUUGUUUUUAAUAGUGUUCUGAAUGAAUUUGAAAAAGCCAGAGCUCGGGCAAAGAAAUUUUUUUAAGGGCGAAUCUUCUUUCGGGUUUCAAAAUGAAUUAGGUGGUAAUUUUCUUAGGAAAAUCAUAUAAUGUUUUCUUGUUACUUAUGUAAUGUGUGCAGCAAUAAAUUUCCGUAGGAGUAU